GGCCUGAAAUUCCAUAAUCUGAUCGAAAAAUAUGUAGCUUCUGGAUAGCUACCAACAUAACCACCUGGAAAAUGCCCGGAUUAUAUUGACGAUUUAAAACGUGUAGUUUUACUAGAAGACUGAAGUUGAGAAAGCUAUAUUUCGACAUGUAGCGAGAUAAUUCCUUUAAAAAUUAAAGGAAGUUCAUAAAAGUUAACAUAAACAAUGUGAAACGUUUAGUUGGCGAAAUGCACACACAGAUCUUCGCUGUCUCCGGUUCGCUCAGGGAUCAUUGACAAACUAUGAGUGCUUUGUGCUCAGGGAUUGCUCCGGCGCUCUGAUAGCGGAGACGUAUUUUGGAAUGUGUAUCUUGUCUGCGAUUCAAACUGAUGCCGAUGUACGUAAGUUGAUAGAUGGCAGUGGCGUAUUUGAAAGUAUUGCGUUCAAGUGAACACUGAUAAAAAGCCAGGAUUGCCCGAAGAAGGAGCCGAAAUGUACCCUGUACUGUGGCAAGACACUGGGUGAGCAGUUUCCUUCUGGGAGCUCUUGUGGCAUCAGCUUUGUUGUAUUAUACUUUAUUAGAUCGCCAUGUUGAUGGAAAUAAUAUGCUUGGUUUCACUGGUCGUGAAGCCAGAUUGGCAGGUCGUGUUAGAGAAAUGGAAGAGCAGAAUCAAUUACUUCGUCGCCAAUUGAGUAUUUCACAAAGUCAUUUAGUAGCUGCCAUGCGAACCAGUAAUCAUACUCCAACACAAACUUUUGUUCAUCCAACUCAUGAACAUUCAAAUCGUUGUCCAAGCCAGGAAGCUGAAGUCCCAAAAUGUGAAGUAAUACAUGUUGCAAUUGUUUGCGCUGGAUACAAUUCAAGCCGUUCAGUGGUUACCUUGAUAAAGUCUAUUCUUUUCUAUAGUAAGAAUCCCCUUCACUUUCAUCUCAUUGCUGAUUCUGUGGCUCAAGUAAUAUUGCAGACUCUUUUUUAUACUUGGAGUGUUCCACAAGCUGACGUGAGUUUCUAUCUGGCUGAUAAUGUAGUUCCUGAUGUCUCGUGGAUUCCUAAUAAACAUUAUUCUGGGGUAUAUGGUUUAAUGAAACUCACAUUACCAAAAGUACUACCAGAUACUUUGCAGAAAGCAAUAGUACUGGAUACAGAUGUAACAUUUGCAACUGAUAUUGCUGAACUUUGGAAGAUAUUUGCAAAAUUGGGUCCUAAGCAGGCCAUUGGUUUAGUUGAAAACCAAAGUGAUUGGUAUUUGGGAAAAUUAUGGAAGAAACAUCGACCCUGGCCUGCAUUAGGAAGAGGAUACAAUACUGGUGUUAUUUUGCUGCAACUUCAAAAGCUGCGUGAACUUGGUUGGGGUCAGUUGUGGCGGCUAAUAGCAGAGAAAGAUCUCAUUACAAUGUUAGCUACAAGUCUUGCUGAUCAGGAUAUAUUCAAUGCUAUCAUUAAACAGCAUCCAUAUUUGGUUUACAAUCUACCAUGUCAAUGGAAUGUACAACUCAGUGACAAUACUCGAAGUGAACUCUGCUACACAGAAGUAAUACAUUGGAAUUCUCCUAAGAAAUUGAAGGUUAAGAACAAACAUGUUGAGUUUUUUCGUAAUCUCUAUUUGACUUUUCUGGAGUAUGAUGGAAACUUGCUCAGACGAGAACUGUUUGGCUGCAAUAACACUAAAACUUCUCUUAAAGAGAGAGAGUUAAGCAAGCUAAAUGAAGAAGAUCCAUGUUAUGAAUUUCGACGAGCUCGAGUAAACAGUUUACGUACACAUCUCUAUUUUUUGGACUAUGAAUAUGAACCUUCUCCAGAUGGCUUUGAUGUCACUUUAGUUGCUCAAUUAUCAAUGGAUAGGCUGCAGAUGGUUGAAGCUUUAUGCAAACAUUGGGAGGGUCCUAUCAGCUUAACAUUAUACAUGUCAGAUGCUGAAGCCCAGCAGUUUUUAAGCUAUGCCCUCAGUUCAGAAGUGCUUGGAGGCAGAAAAAAUAUUGGCUAUCAUAUAGUUUACAAGGAAGGGAGCUUUUAUCCAGUGAAUUUUCUUCGCAAUGUGGGACUUCAGCAAGUGAACACACCUUAUGUCUUCCUUACGGAUAUCGACUUCUUGCCGAUGUAUGGGCUUUAUCCCUAUCUGAAGAAGUCGAUUCAAGUUCUGAAUCUUGAAACUGCUAAGAAAGCACUUGUAGUACCAGCUUUUGAAACACAACGCUAUCGUAUCACUUUUCCCAAGAGCAAAGCUGAACUUUUAAAUAUGCUGGAUAUGGGAACUCUCUUCACCUUCCGAUAUCAUGUAUGGACCAAGGGGCACGCUCCAACUAAUUUUGGUAAAUGGCGAACUGCUACCACUCCUUACAAGGUGCAAUGGGAACCUGAUUUUGAACCGUACAUUGUGGUACGUAAAGACAUCCCAGAAUAUGACACCCGCUUUGUGGGCUUUGGUUGGAAUAAAGUGUCUCAUAUUAUGGAACUCGAAGCACAGGGUUUUGAGUGCCUGAAGAUUUUGAAGAAUGAAUUUGUAAAGGACCUCAGUAAGCGUUAUAGUAAAGUGUUUGAUAUUGAAACGAGCUAAUAUUAAAUACUGAAGAAUGUUCAGGUAAUAAUUAAAAUAAUAAUAAUAAAAAGCUUCCAUCCAUCCAAAUGUUUCAUACCCUUUUAUGUUCCUGUGUCUUGGUGAGAGGGUCUUCUCUUCCUUCUGUGUAUUUUAAAUGUUAAAAAGUUGUUAGAAACUAUUUUGGUUUCAUGGGGAGAGAUCUUGGCCACUACAGUAUUGAAAAUGAAGAGACAAUGCAUUCUUGAAUUGCUGUAACUUAUUUUUGGGAAGUUUUCAUAAAUGAACCAGUGGUCUCUUUUCAUCCCAACCAAAAUAUUCAGCCACUAACAUAAAUUUGUUUAUAUGUGACCUAUAUGUUAGCUUCUGUGUGUAGAUACCAUGGUUCCAAGCGGUUUGCUGGCACUAUCCCAGAAACAUUGUAGAUUGCAAUGUUAAAAUAUGCAAUGUUGUGUACCAAAUUGUAAAGAGAAAAGAAAUUUAUUGUAUAAUACUGUAUUGUUUAUAAUGCAACAGUUUAUUUUAUGAAGAAAUUGUGGAGAGAGAGUGAGAAAAUAUGUGCAAUCUUUGAAUAUAGGUAGAGGUUUUCAUUCAUUUGGAUGCUUGUACAAAAUAUGAAAUAUUAUUGAUUAGCAUAAGGCUGUUUUUUAAAAGGGUUACGUGAAAAAAAUGCACAUCAGUUUUAAAUGUUGUAUACUCAUGUGCUAUGAUGUGCUUGUUCAAAUAAUAUGAACUAUUUUAUUAAUUAAUAGAAUUGUUUAAGUACAUGAGUUCUUGUAACUUACUUGAAAAGAUACACAUUUCCUAAUGUGGAAUAAAGUGUAAGAUGUAUUAAUGAAGUACACAGGCUGUCUCUGUGAAAACAUUAUUGUAUUGUUGGUUCAUAUGUUAUUACUUGACCUGAUGCUUAUGAAUUUUGCCUUCAUGUUCAUUCAUUCAUUUUGCUUUCAUACUAGAAAGCCUUACCUACAAAAACAGAAGUUAAAAUGACUGUAUCAAUAAAAUUGUGUUUGAGUAUUGAUUGAAUUUUGAGAAAACGUGAGUAGUAGGACAUGUCUGAGAAAAUAUUUUAAGUUUGUAAACUAUUUCUACUUUAUAUACAUCAUAUUUGUUUAUGUACAUGGGAUGAUCUAUAUUACACAACCCAACUACUUUCUUUAUUUCACUUUUUUUGCCACAAAAUAUUUUUCUGGAUCUUGUAGUGUUUCACUUCUUGUUUUUGUAAUAGAUCAAAAUUGUCAUUAUUUUUCUUGUUUGUCAUAAUUUAUUUCAAUAUUGUGAUUGUCUUCAUCAAUUGCCAUUUUCCAUCAAUUUACAAACCAAUUAUCAAUCAGUCAAAAAUCAAAUCAAUCAAUAUACAUGGCCUUUAGUUUAAUUUGCAAACCCUGCCUGAGAAUGCUCCUCUUGUUUUGGGAAUUUGGUAACACCUGAAAUACCUUUGGCAUCCCUUUCACUUUUUGUGACUCCCGGCCGUAUGCCCUCAAAUUUUGGUCUGGGAGAAUGUAGGUAAUUUUUUUGUUUGAAGAAAGGCAAAGCACUUAUUCUGCCCUUGUUACUCUUCAAUGUGUUGCAGCCUCUACAAUGAAAAGGGUAAAAUUAUUGUUAUAAAUAAUAAUGAGCUUGGCAGUAAUAUUUCUGAAAUAUCUUUCUAAUUUCUCCCUUAGCCGGCUUUCAUUAAAUAAUAAUGGUUAUGUGGCUGUUAAUAAAUCCAUAAAUGAAUCAUAACUUCCCUUCUCAUCUUCAGUUUUACAGUUUUAUCUCUUUAGCACACUGGACAGUGUCACCUAAAGAGAAGUUUGUUUGGCCACUCAUGUCUCUACCCACCCCAUCCACCCUGUGCAGUGUGAAAAGAUACCUGCCUGCCUAAACUCUUGAAUGGGAAAAACAGAAACAGGAAAGUUGCUGCUGCUAAUGGUCUGAUGCUUACCUUUUCCGCUGCCUUGACGUGACUGCCAUAGUUGACUUGGAAGUAGCCAGAGACAUGUGGGUGCCAAAUUGCCAAAAAAGAAAAUGCCCAGUCAUGGGUUGCAAGUUAAACUAAAGACUUGGUACUAGAAUCCACAUCUGUGACUGAAAUAUGAUUCUGCUAAGUUCAAUGAAAUGACAACAGUUACAGAACCAGCCCUUUAACAGAAUCUCAAGAAAUGAAGUAGCAUCCCAAAGUGCAUUGAAUAAAACCGUUACAAGUCACAUGAUAUCAGUGAAAUAGAUCAAUAAAUUAAAGGCACAAGGGAAACUGAAACAGCUAAAUGUGAAAAUUGCUUCUUCUGUCAUUCUAUUAUUAAACAGGUUGAAGUGAAUGGUUCUUUUCUAGGAAAUUAAUUUUUGGGAGUAUUGAGACUUUAUCUCCAACCAAUUUAGCAAUCUCUUGUUCAUUUAAAAACAUUUUUUAUAUUCCACCUGUAUUUUAUUGCUUGUAUUUUAUUUUUUUCUACUUGCCUUUUUGUUUAUAUUCCCAUCAAAAGUUAUAUUUCUUAAACCUUGGUGCUUAAAUGAAAAGUGACUGUUUUGUAUUUAUUUAUUUAUUUAUUUAAAAUGCUUGAUGAGACCAAGUAUUUUUAGAAAUUUCUUAUGCGAGUGAAUUGGUCAAAAGUCUAAAUACAGGCCUUAAUAUGUCAUUUGUCUACUCAACUUUACAAAUAUGAAAAGAAUUUUUGUCAUUCUACAUUACAUUUGCAUGACGUUAAUUUUUGCAAAUUUUUUUUGGAAAUUCUGAAGGCUAGAAGCAAGCAAGAACACUAAUUGUUGAAAGCUCAAAUAUAUCAUGUAUUAGCGAACCUUAUUUUGUCUCAUCAAGGCACUGAAUGUGAAGGGUGGUUGGAUAGAAAAGAAUGAUUUGAGGUACAUUGGAUAUUAAGAUCACUACAAAAGGUUAGUAAACUGAACUACCCAUUCUAAGCUGCUCUACAGUCAUUGAGAAAAUUAAUUGCUAUCUGAUGGCUUACACAAAACAAUCUAUCAAUAGUCUUCUCUCCUGUUUCUAGUCUUCAACCUAGGAAUAAAGUAACUUCUGUGUUUGUAUUUUGAAUAAGUUUAUUAGUGCGGGGAUAGUGCCAAAUAAGGUAUUGUGAUAAUUAUGCAAGAUUGUUUUUUAUUAUUACAACUAUUAUUUAUUAACAUUUUUGUACAUUUUACUGUAUUUUUUGUCAAUUUGUAAUAAUCCUAUAUUGUGAAAAUGAAGUUGUGCUUUUUGGCAGCUGUGUAAAUUUGUAUAUUUGUUGUUGUUAUACAUGACCUUUUAUUUGUUUUUUUAAGAUACGACAAUACUUUUGUUACUUUAGUAACACAUAUGAAGAUUAAUUAUGCAAGUAUUCCAUUAAAUGGUUUGAUUUAUAUUUCAUUAAUUGUUUUUCAUUGUUAUAAUCAAGAUUUAAGUUACAACAUUACUGCUAGGAAUAGGAGAUUUAUUAAUAUAUUAUUUUGUGUUAGUAUUGUCUACGUCUUGUGUUCCACAUAUACAAAUAAGAGGUUUCACUUGUGUCUCUUGCCUGAUGAUGUAAGAUAUUCUGGUGCAAAUGCUUGAUUAUCUGUAGAAUUAGCAAGAAGUAGAUAUGAGAGUAUAUGUUGUCUCCUCAACUUGUUCUACAACUUCAAGAAUUCCAUACCCAAGUCAUAUCAGUUAGAUAUCUUGAAAGCUGUAUGUUUCUUUGUUUUGCUUUAUUUUUACAUGAGUUGUAGCUUUGCCAUUGAUUGAAAUAUCUUAUGAAGAUAGUCCACUUUUUUUUGCUUUGACAUAGUCGUUUUGUGAGAUUUUGUUGAACAUAGCCAGACACAAAGUCUUAAUAUAUUUUAUGCAGAUUUCUCCUUUUUGACACAAAAACAUUUUUUAUUUACUGAUCAGUGACCUUGCAAUUGAAGUUUUGGAGGCAAAUGCUUUUGAAAAUGUGUUAUUCUGCUCUGGGUCAACAGAACAAAGGAAGAUGCUGUGACAUGUGAAUUGUCUCUUGACACAAAUACAUACACCUGUUAAGUGGUCGUUGUGUCUUUCUUUGAACUAAUCAGUUUGAAAAAGAACAUACUUUCUCAGUUGCAUACCUGAAGUGAAAAAAAAGAAUUAUAGUUUCUUUCAUUUAAAUAGUUAUGGCAAUUCCUGCCCAAGCUCUUAAGAGCCCAAAAAUUUUGCUCUACUCUCUUAAGCACAGUUCCUGUGUAUUUAAAAUAUUCAGCUGCAUUUUCAUCAGAAAGACUACAUUCAGAGAUACAUUAUGUGGAGUAUACAGUGUAGUAACACUGUUGAACAUCACUGUCAGUUAUAAAAAUGGUGCCAUUUGUUGCUUUUUGUUACAUCAUCACCUUAUUGGGAAAUUUAUAAAUUAAUUAUGGAAUGUUUAUUCUGUGGAGCAAUACUUCCAAAAAAUAAAGAGACUUGAAUAAACACAGGGUUUAAAUAACUUUCAAUCACUGUCAGCUUGUUCAUAAGAAUGGAUAUUUGCAUCACAUUUUCCACAAAAUUUUAGCACACUUGAGAUGAGAAUGAAGUAAGGUGGUGAUGUACUCGUAACUUUGUGUUCUUUUAUGUGAGUAUGAAAGGAACCAUUUUAAGUCCUGUAAAAGAGGCAUGUGAUAUGUAGGCUGCAGUGCCUUUUUAGCAUUAUUUUGUUACAUGUCAUGUUUCAUGACAUAAAAUUAAUUUGAAGGCCUUGUGAUUGGAUCUGAUUUAACUAUUGUGUGGGGCCAAAUUAUUUAGUAGUAUUCUCUUAUUUGUUUGCUUUAAUUUAACCUUGAUGUAAUAAAUAGUACUGAUAUUGAAAAUAUCUCAAUCUUCUGCAAAUGAUGUACCUAUAUGCUUACAUGCUAAUGCUGUGGUGAUGGUGAAUCAAUUUGGUGUGUAGUUUUAAAUAUGUUAAGUUCUUUUUGUGUUUAAUUUUUUUCUCAGAGUGCAAUGUUUAUCAUAAACCUUUAACUCAUGGUUGAACAAGGAAUCCAAGCCAACAUCCAUUAAAUGCCUGUACACGAACAGGUGUUUAAGUCCAAAAAUUAUUAUAAGUCUUGUUUAUUUCAAUUUUUCCAGUAUGUUAUUCAGAUCACAUCUACAAGGCUGUUGUAACUUCGAAGGUGUUAAUGCACUCAUGUCCUUGAAGUGUGAUAUUAUUUUAAUGUCCAUUAAGUAUUAAUAAUUUUUGUAUUAACAUAUUUUCAUGUAUUCUUUUAACAUAUAUUUAGAAGUAUUUCAUGCAUUUUCUGUGAAAAUUUACUGAUCAAAUGAAGUUCCCAAGAAGCUUGCAGAAAAAAUGCUGCAGACAUGCUAACAAAUCAAUAAAUAUUGUUAUUAUGUUUUCCAAUGAUGUGUUUUAAUAUGUCACCCCACGUCUUUCAGAGUAGCUCAUAAUCGGUGACCUAAUAAUCAUUUGAUUUCCCUGUCACAGUGUUGCCAGAAUGUGUUUUAUUGCUGA